CACAUGUAGCGAAGCUAGCCAGUUGUUUAGGGAGCUAAAGGAGGAAAAAAGGCUCCAAGCGGAACCAACACCGCUCUUGGGUACCGCGCGUCAAUCGCUGUAUGCUGCUGGCUUAGUUGACUUUUGUAUUUUUUAAUCACACUUUUCAAUAAUGUCCACCCCGGCGAGGAGACGACUUAUGAGAGAUUUUAAAAGACUUCAAGAGGACCCUCCCACCGGCGUGAGCGGCGCCCCUUCAGAGAACAACAUCAUGCUUUGGAACGCUGUUAUUUUUGGGCCUGUAGGCACACCUUUUGAAGAUGGAACAUUUAAGCUGCUGAUAGAGUUUUCAGAGGAGUACCCAAAUAAGCCUCCAACAGUUCGCUUUGUCUCCAGAAUGUUUCACCCCAAUGUGUAUGCAGAUGGAAGUAUAUGUUUAGACAUCCUCCAAAAUCGCUGGAGCCCCACAUACGACGUCUCGUCCAUCCUUACCUCCAUCCAGUCGUUGCUGGACGAGCCCAACCCCAACAGCCCCGCCAACAGCCAGGCGGCGCAGCUCUACCAGGAGAACAAGCGGGAGUACGAGAAGCGAGUGACGGCCAUCGUGGAGCAGAGCUGGGUGGACGUGUGAAGUCUUGUUCUCGCUCUCUUUCUCUCAACCUCCUCCCGUCAUCACCUCCCUCUUCCUCGUGUGUCCCCGGUGUGCGUGUGGAGAGCAGCAGCAAGUAUAUCACCAGACUCAAGUGCCACCCUGCAAAACAACUCCAAGAUCCGCCACGAACAUUAACUUGCUGAGGCAACAAGAGACGGGUGGGGGGGAUGAUCAAUCUUACGCUUUUGUUUCAUUUUACUUUGUUUUUAAUUGCAUGAUGUGAAAUAAGUUAUUGCUAACAGAACUUGUAAUAUAUCUUUGUUUGCUUGGAUCCAUGCUGUUCGUAGUUUUGCCGUCUGCUGCUGUGCACACCACUCCUUUGGAAAGAGCAGUUUCAUGACCAAAUCACCCCCACCCCAGCCUCACAAAAGAAAAAACCUGGAAAACAGGCCUUUUGAUUGGGUAUUGUCUUUUCUUCCCAGAAUAACAAAUCUUUCACAGUUUUAAAAACAGCACCAAGUCUCCAUGGUGCCAAUGAGUCACAACUUGGCACACUUCUCUUUUGGAGUUAUUCCUGCUCUGAGGUAGAAGACGCGUGUUGGAGGAAGACACGGCGAUGAGUCAGGCUAAGUUUGCAUUGUGGAUCCCAAGAUAGGCAAUGGGAGUUGUUUUUUUUUUUUUCUUCCUUUAAAUGAGCCUCAACGGCAGGUGUAGCAAGUGCAUGUGAAGGGGUUCCGUGUCUUGGGUGUACUCGCGGAGCCGUCGGCAGUUGAUCUUCUCUAAAGGCUUUUCUGCACAGAACAGAUGACACUUUAGCGGCUGCAAGUGACAGCAUGUCUUAAACGCGCGCCCCUUCUUGUACCCGAUACCCAAUGAAAAGGCGUUGUGACAAAAAUACACAUAUUCAACAGACAAAACUCAUGUGGCAAAUGAUUUAUUUCUCCCAAUCAACAGAAGGGAUAUGUUACAUUUUGUGUAUCAAAAAGAAAGUGUAUACUUAUAACAAUAUGCUGUAUAAACAUAAUAAAACACAUUUUUCAGACGUAAGGUUUUGUCCAAACUGAAUUCACGCUUGAUUUUAUUCUUUCAGGAAGCAACCAUUAAGUCAGUCAUGA